GCAAGAUGGCGGCGCCCAGGUGGGGUCCGGCGGCCGGGUUCCCCGUCACCCCGGGCAACGACCUCGCCAGCGGCGCCAGCAGCGGCGGCGCGGGCCGAAGCGCCGCACAGAGCGGCCAGGACAAGCCCAAGAAGCCGUGUCGGGCGUGCGUGGACUUCAAGUCGUGGAUGCGGGAGCAAAAUCAGCUGGCGGUGUCGGCGGGGAAGGAAGGGGAUGUUUACGAGGACCUUGAUAAGCCACGUCCGAUUGAAUGUCCUUUAGAUCGUGAGGAGUUGGGGAGGAGCACCUGGUCUUUUCUUCAUACGAUGGCAGCCUACUACCCGGACAAACCCACCACAAAUCAACAGGAGGACAUGAAGCAGUUUAUUUCUUUGUUUUCAAAGUACUUUCCCUGUGACGAAUGUGCGCAAGAUUUGAGAGACAGACUGAAGACCACUCCACCAGACACGACCGACAGGCACAAGUUUUCCCAAUGGAUGUGCUUUCUUCACAACGAUAUCAACAAGCGUAUAGGGAAGCCAGAAUUCGAUUGCUCUAAGGUGGAUGAGCGAUGGAAGGAUGGAUGGAAGGAUGGCUCAUGUGACUGAUUUGUGAAUCUUGCAUUUUCAAUUACUUUGACGUGUGUAGUAUUUUUUCUUGUUCUUGACAAAAUGCUGUCAUCUGGUUUUAGUCGCAUAGAAAUCAAAACAUAUACCACCUUAAUAUUUCCCCCCUCCCUCUCAUAAUUUCUUAACCCCCCCCACCAAAUUAAGGUAGGUAUUUACUUCAACAUAGGCAUCCAGUUCUGAUUGUGAGGGACUUGACUGAUUUGACUCUCUUAGUCUGAGAAAGGGUUCCAACCCGAAACGCCACAUGUUCCUUUUCACGAGAAAUGCUGCCUGACCCGCUGAGUUACAUCAGCAUUUUGUGUAUGACAGCAUCUGCAGUUCCUUCCGACUCUAAUUUUGCUCUCUCUCGCUCUGUCCUCUAGAGGGCGCAGAUGAGUCAGGGUAGUAAUUUGUAUGAAGGUCUCCACCACUAGAGGCUAGUUUCGAGCUACUAUCUUUGGUCCCCACUUAUCCCUGACUGAAUUUAGUCAGUGGGGGGAAAAUAGUUGCGUUUUCUUAAAGUCUGCAAGCGUAACUUGUGUUGGGAAGUGAAACAUUCUGGUUUUCCAUUCCCUUUCUCCUUGAAUUUGCAUAAAAUUGAAGAUCUUGCUAGGAGACUUCAAUGAUUAAUUUUUUUGAUUGAUUGCCACCCAGUGGCAAGAGGUAAAAUAAAAUGUUUCAUGUUACUUCAAAAUCAAAUGGAGAGCAAUAAACCACACUGGCAAGAGUCAAUCAUAGAGUCUCACCUCCUUGUGAACUCACAAACCAGUUUAUAUUGUGAAUACAAGGAACUGCAGAUGCUGGUUUACAAUAGUCACCAGUGCUUUAUUUGCCAUGUGCAACUGCGCAGUGAAAUUAUUUUUGCAUAUAUCACUUAUACGGGCACCGCCAUGUUUUGGCGCCAUUACUCCACGCACGCUCGAUGUACUGGGAGAGGUUCCCGUGAACCGACGUCCCUCUCCUCUCCUUGCCCGGCCAUCUUUAUGUCCCAGGGGACGCCCCCUGCCGUCUACCUGAAGAUGCUGGAGGCAUUACCCAGGAUCUCCCUCCGACUGGCCAUUGCUCCUCACGCCCGACUUCUCCAGCUACCUCCCAGUUAUGCCGCCCGCCAAGCCUUCAGGCGGGUUCCUGAUCCCGUCGACUGACAUUAGGGGCAAUUUUACAGAUGCCAGUCAUAGAAAGCCACAAAAUGAUGGAGUAACUCAGCGGGUCAGGCAGCUUCUCUGGAGAACAUGGA